AUGCACCGCCAUGAAUAUCCUGCGGCCGCGGUGCCUUCGAGCCCGCCGCUGGCCUCCUCUUCCUCUCCCGCUCGGCCUUUCCCCUCGCCUUCCCGGACGGACGGCAAGGAGAGGCGAGUUCCCUCCGUUACGCCCCGGAGGUUUCGCAGGUUCUUCACUCCUCGAUCCCUCCCGCCCCGAGCAACGCUAGGAGCCUUGGGGGCCGCCGCCAUCAACCGCCAGCUCCCGACUCCGCAGUCUCCCGCCUCGCACCUGCUCGCCUCCGACCUCAACGCCGACGCCGACGCCGAUUCCGCCUCCUCCGACUCUGCCUGCCCUUCGUCUCCGACGGAACGACUGGCAGCCAUGGAGGAGGAUUCGAACAAGAGAAGGUGGCCGAGGCGGCACGAGUCGUCGGCAAAGCGGCGAAGGGGUCUUCGCCAGGCCGAACCGUUGCAGGAACCGCUCUUGCUGACGGGAGAGAGGGAAGAGACGACCGAUCCUCCCGCAGAGGCCCGCCAAUCUCCGAGCGAGAGACGGAGCGCAACCUUGGUGAGCCACCCGCGCUUGCCGAAUGCAGAAGCAACGUCUCACGCGAACGACCAGAGCGAAUUCUUCAAGGCCAGCAGGAAAGGAGCCCAAGCUCAGGUCAGAAAGUCGAAUCCGUACCAUGGCCCUGUCGUCAACUCGGAUGUCGGGCCGGAUACGAUGGUCGACGAUUACCGACCCCAACCCAUCCGGAAACUUCGAAACCGAGGCUUCGAGGCCCGGCUGCUCGAUCGUGAACACGGCUUCUCUGCCCGUCCUGGCGGGCACUGGCUCGCCACACCGGCCUGUGAUGUACGAGCCGAGUCAGCCUCCUUCUGCAGCGAAAGUUCCGACAUUUACCAUUGCCUGCCCUUCGACCAACCGGGCACGUGCAUACCAUUCAGCCUCGCGAGCGCCAACAGAACUCCGCGCACAGCCAUCGGCGACGAGCAAGGGUUCGUCCGUCUCUUUAAACCCUACAGGGUCGCCGAGGGCGAUGCCAAGCUAUCUUCCGUCAUCAAGGUCCAUGAUAAUGCCAUAAUGGAUAUGGACUUUUCCAUGGAUGACACUCGGCUAGCAACUGCUUGCGGCGACCGAUCAGGUAAAAUCGUCGACACGGCGACCGAGACCAUCGCCCAUGAACUUGGUGGUGGUCACUGGGACUCUCUGCGCCAAGUCGCCUUUCAACCUGCCGACGCUAGGGGUGCAGUCCUCGCCACCUCGGACAGGGCAAGCCGGGUGCAGAUCUGGGACCUGCGAUGCUCCUCGACACCGGUCACUGGGAUCACUGGCCCCAACCCAUCGGACGGCCUGGAUGCUACCUUGGAGCCGACGAAUGUGACGACGGUGAAUACCAUCCUCAAGGCCCAUGUUCGCAAAUAUUCGGACAUCGUCAGUUCGGCCUCCGUCACCGCCAUCAAGUGGUUUCCCGCCGGUCGGGAGCACCUUCUCCUCACGGCGUCCGAGGCCAACGCUUGCGUCAAGCUCUGGGAUACCAGGUAUAUUAAGCCUCGUCGACAGAACGAAGAGACGCCCUUGGCCGAGACACCGGAGCCUUCGACCCACACCUGGCGCGCGUAUGGCAUCACCUCCAUGACUCUCAACAACGACGCCUCGCGCCUCUUUGCCGUCUGCAAGGACAGCACCGUGUACGCCUACUCGACGAACCACCUCAUCCUCGGCCACGCCCCCGAGCUUUGCGACAAUGCAUACAGGCGCCGGCCCGCUGGCGUCGUCGGACUUGGUCCGCUCUACGGCCUGAGGCACGAGAGGCUCACCGUCGGCUCCUUUUUCGUCAAGUCUGCCAUGCGUCCCGGCCACGGCUCCAAUCUCCUCGCCGUCGGCUCCUCCAGAAACUGCGCCGUCCUCUUCCCCACCGACGAUCGCCAUCUUCGUGCCGCCUCAUCCCUGCGCGAGCACCUCUCGCCGGCCCCUGUCGUUCCUUGGCCCGCCAUCAACCAGACGGCUGCCUUCCCCAUCUUCCGCAUAGGCACGCCCCUUGUUCGAGGCCAUAGCCGCGAGGUCACGACGGUCAGCUGGACCGUCGACGGCGCCCUCGUCACCGCCUCUGACGACCAUCUCGUCCGCAACUGGCAGAAUAGCACGGCCCAGGCCCGCCACCUCCGCCAGGUCGGCGAGUUUGGAGGCGAGAGGCAUCUUGCCGGAUGGGCCGAUGUCGACGCCGACUGGGAUCGUGACGAAUGCUGA